CAAACUGUCAAAAGUUUCUUAUUAUUCUCAUAAUAAUAUAUUAAUCCAGCCAAAAGUUAGCUGUAAAAGCGGAGGCUUAGAAUGUACCGAACCUUUAUUAAGUUAUGAAAUAAAUGACAGUUUUCGCGGAUUCGUUCGCAGACGGCAUGCUGCCUUCACAAGAGACUUUAACUACACAAUUGACUGAGGUCCGACGUAAGGCAUACAUUGGGGUUGAGAAUGCAGCUCAAUCUGUAAAAAUAAAAGAUAUGAACUGGGAAAAGAUAGUUGCGAGAUGUAAGUCGACUGAUUUUAAUCAACGAUUUGAAAAUAGUAUUGAAACUAAAUACAAGAAAUCUGAAGAGUGUUAUCAUAACGCCAAGACUCCUGAAGAUAUCCAGAAUGCUGACAACUGCUGUAAAAAACUAAUUGCUGCAUUAAAAAAUGAAGCAAAAUUAUAUCAUGCUCAGGCUCAGACAUGCAUUGCAAAAUGUGCUCAAGAUUCCAACAAUUGUGGGCAGGAUAUCCCAAAUAAAGGAAACAAAAAACUUAAGGAGUAAAAAAAUGCUGCCAAAGAUGAUACCAAAAAGAUAUAACAUACAAAUGUGAUUCUACUGAAAUAAAUAAACACUGUAA